AACGCAGGCGGUACGUCGUCAGAUGGAAGCAUUAGAACUUUUUUAAAGGACAGGCGCGGAAAGGUGAAGUGUUGGGGCCGUAGUUUAAUUUGUUAUUGCUCCGUAUUAAUAAAAGUCCUAAUAGGAUGGUUGUCGUGACAGGAGCGGGGGGCGCUCAGAAAGUGCUCUUCAUCUCGGGGAAAGAGGCUGCUUUGAGCCAGGGGCGACUCAGCCGCUCCGUAUCAGUUAUACUGCAGUCCUCCAGGACUCCGCCGGUGUCCUCGGAUUCUGACUCGAACGGAUCCGGACCACCGCUCCGCAAGCGGCAGAGACUCACUCAUCUGAGUCCUGAAGAAAAAGCGCUCCGAAGGAAGCUGAAGAACAGAGUGGCUGCUCAAACAGCACGGGAUAGAAAAAAGGCAAAAAUGGGAGAACUGGAGCAGCAAGUUCUGGAGUUAGAGUUGGAGAAUCAAAAACUUCACAUUGAAAACAGACUUCUGCGUGAAAAGACAGAUGGCCUACUGAUGGAAAAUGAAGACUUGCGUCAGAGGCUUGGGUUGGAUACACUAGAAUCUAAAGAGAAGGUACAAGUCAUGCAGGCCAUUGUGGACAACAUGGAUUUGGUGACCGGGUCUUCUGAGUCCGCAGCACUCAGGCUACGUGUGUCUGCAGCAGGUGCAGGCCCAGUUGUCCCCAAAGCUGAGGAGUUCCACAUGGAUAACUGCAGUCCUGCUCCUGCAGACUCUGAGUCUGAUGUCCUGCUUGGCAUUCUGGACAUCCUUGACCCAGAGCUGUUCCUCAAGUGCAGUGUUCCAGAAGCCCAGGACCUGCAGGAGUUUGGCCAGGACAUGGCAAGCCCACUACCUACCACCCCAUCUUCGUCUGUGGGGGCCACACCAGUUAAGCUGGAAGCCGUUAAUGAACUGAUUCACUUUGACCACAUCUACACUAGGCCUGUGGAGGAGGUGGUCUCCAUGGAUCAGGGUGAGGUGAAGUUGGAGGAUGCUGUGGAGAUGGUAUCUGUCAAAGAUGAGCCAGAGGAAUUGGCUGCAAUUCCCAGAAUGAAUGUGGAUGGCCUACUUUCCCCAAUCUCCCCUCUCCCUGGCUGUGCUGACUCCUCCUGUCUGGAUGCAUACAGCGACUCUGGCUAUGAGCAGUCACCCUCCCCCUUCAGCAACAUGUCCUCCCCCCUCUGUUCAGAAGCCUCCUGGGAUGAUGUCUUUGCCAGUGAACUGUUUCCCCAGCUGAUCAGUGUGUAACCCCUUGUCACUGUAAAAGCUAUAUAAUUGGUCCUUGAGUCCAAUUUUUGUAAAUGUUAAAUUACAAAUUUCUCUAUGUAACCUGUCCUUAUGCUGUUCUGCAGUGACUUCUGGGACACAUUUAUGGAUUUAAAAUGUAUGUACUCUUCUAAAUUUGAUAGGUCAUUUCAAGCUGACAACUUUAAAAAGCCCAGUAUUUCUCAUCUGUGUGCAGAGGGAGGGACCUCAAGUGCUUAAAAGUAUUUAUUUGCAUUUUUCUCUAGUCUUGUUCUGUAGAACUGCAAAAUUUACAGUGUAAAUUUCAUGAUUCCAAAGGAUAUUCUUUAUGGACUUGCUAUUGCAUUAAACCAUGCAUUGCA